UGGUUUCAAAGAGUAACAGUUGAAAAAGGGUUGAGAGAAACUGACAGUGGCUACGCUGGCAAUUUUGUCAAUUUUUUGUGUUAUUUUAUUCGGUCAGUGCCGGUUUCAGUGUAAGAAAAAAGUCACUUUGUUCCCGAGGCUCUGUAUUAAAGAGGUAGUACUGCAUGACUGCAACUCUGGUGGAAUUGAGAAUACAAUAGAGAAGCAUUAGAGGCUUUUUAACUGUCUCUAAUUGACUUCAUUUACAGGUUAUUCCUACUUUCAUUGGGUUUUUCUGCUUCCUACCGCUGCAAGCGAAGUUUUAGAAGACGCCAAAAGCACCCUGGUCAAACAGGCUGGCGAGCAGGUCUGAGACUGAAACAUCACCGGGAGUUCCUUUAAUUGCACCGGACUUCCUCCUCCUGUAAACCCAUUCACAUGCAUGCACCUGUGCAGUCCCAUGCAUGUUUAACCUGUUCGAUACCUGGUAAAAAAUCCCCUUACUCCACACUAUAAGAGGACACAGGAUGGAGGCACAGAGACACAGCUUCACUAGAACUCUCCCUCUGAGUGACACGCGCACAGCUUUCUCACCAGAUCGCCAUCAUCAGGAUGAAGAUGCUUCUCGGCUGCUCUGCUUCCUUCCUCCUCCUCCUGCUGCUCAGCUGUCUGACUGAACCUGCGGAGAGCCGAACUCUGCAUCUGGACAGCUGCUCUGUCAGUGUUCACACACACGAGCUGCGCAAAUACUACGCACACAUACGAUCAAACGCGAUUUCGGAAGACAACGAGAUCGGAAUGAAACUUCUGGAUAGAUCACUGAUGAAAAACGUUCAGGAUGGUCAGACAUGCUGUUUCCUGCGUCUUGUGCUGCGUUUCUAUGUUGAGAGAGUGUUCAGCAACUAUGCCUCAUCUGAGCCAGAGCAACAACGCUGCUCCAGCGCUCUGGCCAAUGCUUUCGUGAGCAUCAGAAGAGACAUCCAUAAAUGUCAUUGCCAAUGUGGAGAAGAAACCCAGAGAACAAUUGAUUCAGUGCAUGCUGAGUUUAUCAAGCUACAAGCAAACAGGGCAGCACAGAAGGCAGUGGGUGAACUGGACACUGUGCUGGAGUGGCUGGAAGCACUGGGACCCAAAACUCAAAGAAAUUGAGCUGCUCUUUACAAAUGUGCUAAUUUAAGUUUUGUGACAUGUUGCAUUUCUAUUUUUUCACUUGAAAGAACUUGUAUCCACUAAUGUGGACUGAAGUUGUUUGCUAUAUUUAUAACUAAACAAAAACAGACAUGUAUACUUCUGAGGAAGCUGUUACUGUAAGAUUGUU